UUCCCUUUACUUCUGUUGAAAAGAAAAACAAAGGAAAAGGAAAAAACGGUAUGAGAGGAAACAAACCCUAAAAUCUCGAUCUGAUUGCCAAAAAAAAAAAAAAAAAUCCACAUUCCCGCACUCAUAUUCCUCGCCAUCUCCACAGUCCGAGCUUGCGAUUCUCCCAUCAAACCGUAUCAGGGCAUUUCCCCCUUUGCGUUUCUUCCCGGCAAUUCACUGGUGGGCGUUUGUGUUUGGCAUCUUUUUCGGCUUUCCUCGUUUCUCUCCCAGCCCUCGGCGGAAACCGAUUGGACGCCCCUUGUUUCCCGAUCUCGCCGUCUGUCCAUUUGCAAUCGCCGCCUCCGGUUUGCCCGGCUCAUUCUAUGCGUGGGGAAGAGAGCAGGAGCUUCUGGGAUUGUGAAUUCCGCUGGAUGCGUGUUAGGUUGAGGAGUCUGAAAUCAUAAAUGCAUGUCCCCGGGGAUCUAGGGUUUUCCAGCCUGGUCCUUGCGGCGGUGUGCCUCGCUUUCCCGAUUGCAAUCCUCUUAAUUCAUCGCAAAUGGCGGAUUGCCGUCGCCAGGAACGAGGAGAUCAACAGGCUCCUCGUGUUGGCGUCCGAGGAGGCUGUUAGAGCUGAGCUCGAGGCUACGGUUUCCUACACUGCCGUCCCUGUGCCCCGGAAUGUGUACCAGUGCGUUGUUUGUUAUUCCCCAACCACCACGCGAUGUGCCCAGUGCAAAGCCGUCAGAUAUUGUUCUGGAAAAUGCCAAAUCAUCCACUGGCGACAGGGUCAUAAGGAUGAUUGUCAUCCUCCCUCCAUCUUGAAUGAUGAUAGAACCAGUUUCAAGGUGGAGGUGGCAGAGAAAAUUGAGCCUCAUACUUAUGAUGCCAGAUGGGAAAAUGCACCAAGUGAUACAUCAUCAACUGAGCAUGCAUCUUCUGAUUCCGGUUGGUCUCCUGAAAUUGCACUUAGAAAGGAAGAAGAUACUGGAGUUGAUUUCAUUUCAGAUACAAGAGGGGUGGAUUCUACAUCUGAAUCGUCAGGUACCUUCUUUUCAGGAUUUUCUAGUCCUGCUACAAGCGGGGAAUCGUCUGAUGAGGCUUCUGUCAGUGAAAGCAUCAGUUCAAAUGAUCCUGAGGGUCCAGAUAGACAAACAUCCACCUAUGUUGCAUCUGACAUUCUCCGUUCUGGCUUGAGCAAAGUGGAUCAGCUGGAGCCAUUGUCUCCAAAAUUUGCUAAGUUGGCUGAUGCCACUGAUAAUGUUAAUUUUAUGGCUCGUUCAGAUGACAUCAAACCGCAUAGUGGAGAGCCAACAAAUAUUUAUGUGUCCUCUAGUUCCUCAGGUCCCAGCAUCAGUGCUACAUUUUCUAAAACCAACCCUGUUAAGAUUGCUUCUGAUUAUUGGGGUGGCACUUCAGAGUCUGUUGUGGCCACUGUUGUCGAAGAUGUUAAUGCUAAACCCAAUUCUGCUAGAGCUGUGAAGACUAAGGUAUCUGAUCAAAACCGUCACUUGAAGUACAACAUGGGCAGAAUUGAUGCUCUUUCCUCUCAUAUACAGCGGUCAGAAGGAGAAAAACUUAUAUCUGAUGAGGAACCCAGUAGGAAAUCUGCACUCGAGAAUAUCAUUGCGGAUGCUCCAAGAAUCAGUAGCUCUAAAUCUGGGAACUCAGAAAGGCAUACUCGCAUCAAGAAUGACUCCUGUGGGGAUUCAAAAGUCUUAUUGACCCAUGAGCUUAGGGCUGCAUCAAAGUCCUCUGCUCCGCAUGUAUCUUCCAGUUGUGAAGGGGAUGCAUUGUAUGGAGAUGCUUCGAAAGUCUCUGGAUUGUAUUCCUCGAACAAGAGAUCAAAUCUUCUUGCUAGUGAUACUAUAGCAGCUUCACAUUUGUCAAAACCCAGACUAUCUUCUGAGCAGCAUGCUUCUAGUAUGAUUGCGCAGCCAUUGCUAAUUGUGAAAGCUGUGAAAGUUGAAAAUGGUGAAGUGUUACCUGUUACUUCUAACCAGUCUGGAAGCAUGUCUUCAAGUUCUAUGAGUGGAUUGAGAUCAUCAAUGAGGAAGGUUGUUGACCAACUUAGAGGACCUAAAUGUGGAAGAUACAGUAAUAAGGGCAUUUUUCCUUAUGAUCUAUUUGUAAAGUUAUACUCUCACAAGGUGGAUUUGCAACCAUGCGGACUCAUCAAUUGCGGGAACAGCUGCUAUGCUAAUGCUGUUCUUCAGUGCUUGUCAUUUACACCUCCCCUGACUGCUUAUUUUUCCCAAGGACACCACUCUAAAGCCUGUGUAAGGAAGGGAUGGUGUUUCACUUGUGAGCUUGAAAAUCUGGUUUUGAAGGCUAAGGAAGGGAGAAGCCCACUCUCUCCCGUUUCUAUACUUUCACAACUACAGAACAUUGGAAGCAACCUUGGUAAUGGGAGAGAAGAAGAUGCACAUGAAUUUUUGAGGUAUGCUAUUGACGCUAUGCAAUCUGUUUGCCUGAAAGAAGAUGGAAUUAAAGCAGUGGGCUCAACCGAAGAAGAAACUACCCUUAUUGGCCUGACAUUCGGGGGCUAUCUAAGAUCAAAGAUAAAAUGCAUGAAGUGCCACUACAAAUCAGAACGGCAAGAAAGAAUGAUGGAUCUCACAGUUGAAAUCGAAGGGGACAUAGGCAAGCUAGAAGAUGCGCUCAGGCGAUUUACUAGUACUGAGAUUCUAGAUGGGGAAAACAAGUACCAGUGCGGCAGAUGCAAAUCUUAUGAGAAAGCCAAGAAGAAGCUGACAAUAUUGAAGGCACCUAAUAUACUUACAAUUGCUUUGAAGAGAUUCCAGUCGGGUAAAUUUGGAAAGCUCAAUAAAUCGAUUCGGUUCCCUGAGAUCCUGGACCUGGCACCAUACAUGAGUGGUACAAGUGAUAAAUCGCCAAUUUACAGGCUCUACGCGGUGAUCGUUCACCUAGAUGUAAUGAAUGCUUCAUUUUCCGGUCACUAUGUGUGCUAUGUUAAAAAUAGCCAGAAUAGGUGGUUCAAGAUUGACGACAGCACGGUAACAACUGUUGAACUGGAAAGGGUCUUGAGCAAAGGUGCAUACAUGCUUCUUUAUGCAAGAUGCUCUCCCCAGGCCCCACCAGGGUUGAUAAGGAAUGGAACAGUACUGUCUCCUGAUGUGAAGAAUAAUAAAAGCAGCAGUGCUUCUAAAAUCCACCCGAAGGUGGGAGUAAUAAGUUCGAGAUCAAGUGGCGAUCAUGAGUUGCUUCAACAUCAGCCCAAUUCAGUAGCGUCUUCUCUGGAUAAUGAAGCAGCAAGUGUGGAAUCUUUCUAUUUGAAGUUCCACCGGUUGCAGAGGAUCUUGGAAGAGGACUCCUCGUCUAGCGACAAUUACUCGUUCACCAGCAGCAAUAAUUCUGAUGAAGGCUCGUGCAGCACUGAUAGCACCCGGGAUUCCACGAGUGCUGAUGAUCUUUCCGAUUACAUUUUUGGGGGUUGGAACAGUAGCACUUGGAGGAAAGCAGCCGCAGAUUUUGACGCCGCCACGGCAUCUUCAUCAUCGUCAUCGUCGACUUCUUCAUCUCCGUUGUACUCGAGGCAUUCACCCCUUUCCAACACAGACCGGGAUGCUUCAGCAGCAGGGUUUGCAGAGACAUCUGGAAGUCAUUGUGGUUUUACCACGCUGACACGGUUAAGCAUAGUGCUCAUCGUAGUAGGAAAUUAGGUAGUAGUAGUUGUAGAGAAGCUGACUCGGAGAGAUUAGUAGGACGGGUUAGUAGCAAGUUGUCUUCAAAUGAUGUAAAAUCUGGUGUACCCUUUAGGAGAUCAGUGAGCGACAGAACAGAUUAAGCCAUUUGUAAUUUUAUUAGCUGGGAACCGGCGGCAUCAAUUGGAGGGGAAAAGGGAUUUGGGGGCUGAAGUGGUAGUUUUUCCACUCUGUGUGACUGGAAAAUCAGCUCAGCCGUCACCAUUUUGUCGAAGUUCCCUUUUCCCCCACUGCUGCCAUGAUUUAAUUUCUCUGUAAUCUGUAUAUAGGGACGAUUCCUUGAAGAGUGUAUAGUGCAGGGGAUGAGUCCCCAGCCCAGAAGAAGAGAAGAGGGUCCGUGGAAAUGUUGUAUAACGGAUAUUUUAAAUGCUGAAAUUAGAUAUAUAAUGAUUUAUGUUCCACCCUAGUGUCCUUUUCUCUUUAGCUUUUGAAGAGCAUUGCCUUGAUUAAAUUUGGCGGAGUUUUUUCCCCAAUGACAAUAAAACCCCUAUUUGCUGUUCUAAACUCUGUACAAACAAACACUAAGUAAAAAAUAUGAAUGAGAAUCUUGAAGCACAGGC